AAAGCACCCCGAUCCCGGGCCGGCGGACAUCAGUCAAUGCGGAGAACCGACGUCGAUCAGCUGGAUGCGACGGUCGCGCAAUGCAGUCACCCCCGGUGUUACCGUCGCGCGGAUAACUUUAACUCCACGCGAUGUCGCCCUCAUCACGGCCAACAUGCCUCUACUUUUUUUUUCCUCUUUUUUCUUCCCUUUCUUUUCUCCUUGGUUCACGCAUCCGCUUCUCACCCCUUCGAUAAGCGCCAGGAGGGAAUCGCCACGUCUCGGUGGAUCUAGAAGCGACAAGCACAGCAGCCAUCAUGUCUGAACUCAAACACCCAUCAGACGAGGAGGACGCCAAGAGGCACGGUGGCAUCGACAAUCCUAAUCCUACGCACCAUGCCUUCUCCCCGCCGUACGACUCGGUGUCCCUGACGUCGGGCGAGGUGGUGUGCCCGGCGCACACGACGGAGCGCAAGAUCACGACCAAGAUCGACAUGCACCUGAUCCCGUUCGUGUCGAUCCUGUACCUGAUGGCCUUCCUGGACCGGGUCAACAUCGGCAACGCGCGCGCCUUCGGGCUCGAGGCGGACCUUGGGCUGGGCGGCGUCGAGUACAACACGGCGCUGACCAUCUUCUUCGUGCCCUACAUCAUCUUCGAGAUCCCGUCCAACAUCCUGCUCAAGCACUUCUCGCCGCGCGUCUGGCUGUCCAUCUGCUGCAUUGGCUUCGGCUUCGUCACGGCCAUGCAGGGGCUCGUGCAGAACUACAGCGGCCUGCUCGCCACGCGCUUCUUCCUGGGCCUGUUCGAGGCGGCCAUGUUCCCCGGCUGCUUCUACCUGCUCAGCACGUGGUACCGCCGCCACGAGGCGCAGAAGCGCUUCUCCUUCUUCUUCUCGUCGACGUCGCUCGCCGGCGCGUUCGGCGGCCUGCUGGCGUCGGGCAUCGGCAAGAUGGACCAUGUGCGCGGCUACCGGGGCUGGCGCUGGAUUUUCAUUCUCGAGGGCUGCUUCACCCUCGUGGUUGGCGUCAUCUUUCUGUUUACCUUCCCCACGUUUCCGGAGCAGACGACCUGGCUCCGCGAGGACGAGCGCGAAUUCGUCAAGGCCAGACUAAAAGCGUCGCAAGGCCACAGCGGAGCGGAGCGCAAGAUCACGGCGCGCGACGUGCUGACGGUUAUGUCCGACUAUAAGAUCUGGCUCGGCGGCUUCAUGUACUUUGGCCUGAUCGUGCCGGCGUAUUCGUACGCCUACUUUUCGCCGACCAUCAUCCAGAGCUACAAGUACGACGCCAUCACGACGCAGCUCCGGUCCGUGCCGCCUUGGGCCGUCGCCUUCGGCUUCGCCAUGGUCGUCGCCGUCGCGUCCGACUGGCUCAAGCACCGCUUCUUGUUCGUCAUGGGCGCCAUCUGCAUAGCCAUCGCGGGCUUCGCCGUCCUGCUCAAUGUGCACGACAACCUGCCGGUGCAGUACGCGGCGCUGUUCCUGGUCUGCAUGGGCACAUACUCGGCCAUGCCGGUCAUCGUGUGCUGGUUCAAUAUGAAUCUGGGUGGUCAUACCAGACGGGCCAUUGGGAGUGCGUGGCAGAUUGGCUUCGGCAACAUUGGCGGCAUCAUCGCGACGUAUUCUUUCGUCCAGAGCGAUGCGCCCUUCUACAGGAAGGGCUACGCCAUCUGCGUUUCAUUCAUCUGCCUGAGCGCCGUCUCUUCCAUCGCGUAUGCGCUCUCUGUGGUCUGGGAGAACGGGAAACGGAGCAAGCAGCCGCAUAAUCUGAAUCUGACCGAGUCAGAGAAGAUAGAGCUCGGGGAUUUGAACCCCGAGUUCCGGUACAUGCUCUGAGACGGAAGCAGGCCAAGAGCUCGACAUAUGAUGUAAUGAUGCGUCGAUGAUACGAAUGAUCUAGGGCUAGCCCGUAGAACGGUGCCUGCGAUGGAUUAAAACCAAUACAUAAUAUCACA